UAACCCUAAAGCUCCCAGACCCGCGUUUUGCGUAGAUCAUAUAUACCCAGAAAAGCAUCCCCAUACUAUUUUCUACUUCCUUUCUAUUUAGUAUUGCCGCAUUUAGUUCAUCAUGGGGGUCACAGGGGCGUCUGUCAUGGUAUGCAAGUCAUUGCUUCUGUUUUUUCAAUUUUGAUCCAGUUGUAGGCGACCGAAUGGUCGUUGCUCGGAAUUUCGUACAUUUUCGUCGCCACACGCAUGGUUGUUCGGCUCCCUCAACAGCAAAAGAGCUUAGUAGUGUCAGAUGCAUUCCUCUUGAUCUCUUGCCUAUUUUCCCUCACGCUGGUCAUCACCGAUACGAUGACUUACCAGCUGGGCGGAUUGAGUGGUGCGGAUAUCGAGGAUCCGAAGAAGAUCGUCAAACUCGCAAAAAUCGCUUUUGCUGGAAACUAUUUCUACGACAAAUGCAUCUACUUCCCCAAAUUCUCCAUACUUGCGCUAUACACGAGGCUGUUCCCAAACACGAUGCCGAAACUGCGACAGGUGUUUUGGGUCGUGACUGGAUUCGUCGCUGCGUCUUGUCUACUUACAUGCCUUGCAGAUACGUUUUGGUGCGGAGGAAAUGUAGCUUCGAACUGGUCAUUGGAAGAGGGCGCCUGUUUGUCCUUCAAUUCAAUACCCCUAUUCCACUUGGACUGGUCACUCAACUUCAUCUCCGAUGUAUUUAUCUUCGCUCUCCCGUUCCACCUCAUCAGACACCUCAAAUUAAAGAAACGGCAACUCUACGGCCUCAUCUUUACCUUCGCUCUUGGGAUCAUCACUAUCGCAGUUAACAUUGCUUGCUUCACCACAAUCAUUUACUCUAACAACUUCAAUUCGAUUUACGUGUGGGCCAUGUCCGAAAUCACCACCUCAAUUAUGGUAGCCUGACUGCCAGCGCUCCGCCCCCUCCUUCGCCGCGCUGGCGAGCUCUCCACCUCCUUCGAUUCGAAAUCCUCCUCGAACCGAAUUACUCGCAUUUUCAACUCUGUGCUACCGAAGUCUGGACUCUCGACGUUCGCAUCGCGUGGCGAUGGCCGCACGCAGAGGGGCAAGGAUGUGGAUAGGAUGGAACGGCUUAGCGAUGGCGGCGAUAGUCAGGUCGAGCUUACUACUCGAAAUGGUAAUCCAGGGAUCUACAAGAGCCAGGACGUCAGUGUGCAGAGAACGCAGAUCGCGGGGAGUGAG